UGCACGCCCAGCUCUUGCGUCAGACCCGACGGUCACCCGCUCGCUUCUAGGUACCUGCUCCGCCUGGCCCUGAGGGGAGUGCGGGCCAGGGCGGCCCCCAAGAGUGGCAGGCACGAGGGGAACAGGUCUGCGAGUCAGAAGUGUUUCGGCGGCACACUUGCAGCAAGAAUCGGGAGGAGCAGGAGACAGCAAGGAUAGGCCCAGGAGCAAUGGCGUCCAAAGAGAAACAAGCAGUAAAAAUUUGCAACAUGGAAGAUGCCAACCAGGAGAAUGAAAAAAAAGAUGGAAAGGAUCAAGAUGUUAAUAAAAGAGAACCUAUGGCCCUCCUUUCGGGUGCUAGUGAAUAUUCUGUACCUAGAGGAACUCGUAGGCGGUUCCGUGUUAGGCAGCCCAUAAUACAUUAUAGAUGGGACGUGACUCAGAGGCUUGGAGAGCCACAGGCGAGGAUGAGAGAAGAUAAUAUGGAAAGGAUUGGGGAAGAGGUGAGGCAGCUGAGGGAAAAGCUGAGGGAAAAACAGUUGAGUCAUAGUCUGCGGGCAGUUAGCAUUGACCCCCCUUACCAUGAGCAUCAUGAUGAGUUUUGCCUUAUGCCUUGAAUCCUGAUGUUUUCCGUGAAGUUAGGAGACACUUACUUCCUAAACUUACAUGUUCUUGACUUACCUUUGUUGUAAACGUUUUGGUGUUAAACUUGUUUAUUGCGCGUUUCCUAUUACCAGCUUCUAAUUGUUGUGUUUUUGACCCAGUCUCUAAGUUUCUGUCACCAGGAAAGUUUUAACUGUUGCAUGGAGAAAUGUUCAUUAUAUAUUGUGAAUUAAUAAAACAGUUUAAAAAAGCA